CUUGGUUUCGGGAAGCAGCGUUUAGUCGAAGCUCAACACACUAGUUCGCAAGAAACCGAGAGAGUAGGAGAAAAGGGGAAAUACGCUCCGCGAAUAAUGAAGCUCGACCGUCAACUUGUCGCGCUGUCUUUUUUAAAGUAACGCCUUUAAGAAAGCUCAACGUUGACGUGAUCUUGUGCAACAUGUCCGUAAGAGGAUGGUCCAGAUUUUUCACGUCAGGAGGAACCCUCCCAGGCUUCAGUGGUCCCCCCCAGUCUCAGGGCAUCCAUGUUUGCCUGUUCUGGACUAAAGAUGGGGAGAAAUAUUUGUCUCACACAAGCGGAGACGUCACGGCGGAGGAGCUGUGCGUCUUGGCUGCAGAAACCGUAGGGAUAACUCCCCUGUGCCACGUGCUGUUUGCGUUGUAUGACCCACAAGCACGAUGCUGGUACAGUCCAAAUCACGUUUUCAGCUCAGAACAGGACUCCAAUGUAGUGCUUCACUAUUGUAUGAGGUUCUACUUUCGGAAUUGGCACGGACUUAAUGAGAAGGAGCCAACUGUAUUUCGAUAUGCUCUCAAAUCUGCGACGGACCAAACUGGUUCCCCUCUGCUUGAUAUCACAUCCUUGGAGUAUUUAUUUGCUCAGGCCAAAUAUGAAUUUGUGAAUGAAGUUGUGGAAAUGGAGGACAUAGAGUCAGAGGAGGAACUAAGUCGCUUCAAAAACGAGAGUCUGGGAAUGGCUGUGCUUCACCUCUCGCACCUUGCGAUACAGGAAAACUCGACCUUACAGGAAGUGGCAAGAAAAAAUAGCUUCCUACGCUGCAUUCCAAAAUCUUUUGCCAAACACAUAUCCAAGGAUAACUUUCUGACUAAAAUCAGGAUCCGGCGGGUGUUUUCCGAAUUUGUACGGACCUUCCAGCAGCACACUGUGGAUAAAGGACAACUGGGUGAGCAGGAGAUCAUGUAUAAGUACAUCUCUACCCUGGAACACUUGGCUCCAUGCUUUGGCACAGAGACUUUCCUGGUAACCCACCUGGAACUGCGGGAACACAGCGACGGGAGCAGCUCUUACACAAACCACAGUGGUGGUAUCUCGAAAAAUAACCCCGGCGCGUCGGCCACGCAUGAAAUAAUGGUGUCCGGCACUAAGGGGAUUCAGUGGAGGAAGGUGCACAAGCAGGCACAGCCGAAUCCUUAUCUCAGGAGCAAUUAUUUGAACUACACGAUGAAAUCCAAGCAACACUCCAGCGAAGCAAAUGGGAAUGCUGCUGAUAGUUGGACCUCCUUCUGUGAUUUCCCUGAAAUAACUCUCAUAGACAUUACUGAAUCUAAUGUGCGCAUUAGCACUCAGAACAAUCACUGCAUGGAGGUAGAGAUGAACUCCAGCCAGGAGGCCUGCUCCUUCAUCUCCCUUCUCGAUGGAUACUACAGACUGACUGCAGACGCCCACCACUAUCUUUGCCGUGAAGUAGCUCCCGCCAGGGUAGUGUUGAGCGAAGCGAAUCUGCUGCACGGACCGAUGCAUGAUGACUUCGUGCUGCAAAAGCUGAAAAAAGAGGCGGCAGAGGAGGGAACGUUCCUCGUUCGAUGGAGUGCCCUCGACUAUCACCGCAUCAUCCUUGCUGUGCUAAACAAAAAUGAGAAUGGGUCGGCGCCGAGCCACAAGCAGUUUCGUAUCCAGAAGAAGGGUUCUUCUUUCUGCAUGGAGGGCUGGGACCGAGAAUUCUCCAGCGUGAAGGAGCUCACUGAUAGCCUCAAAACUUUUGUGCUCAAGUCUGGUUCGGACAGUUUUACAGUCAGAAAAUGCUGUUUGCCGAAACAAGGAGAAAUAUCCAACCUGCUCGUGAAAAGGCGGGGUGUUGACUGCGGCACUCACUCGGACUCCUUGCCUCUAAACCUGACGCAGCUCCGCUUCCACCAGAUUAAGGACAAAGAUAUCAUACAGGAAGGGCAUUUGGGUCGUGGAACCAGAACUAACAUCUACUCAGGACGUUUGCGUGUGUGGGGAGGAGAGGAUGAUGUGACUGAGUCCAACAACAACUUUUCCAGAUGUAAGGACAUCCAUGUGGUUCUGAAGAUUUUAGACCAAAGCCAUAAAGAUAUUGCUCUGGCAUUUUUUGAAACUGCAAGUCUCAUGAGCCAGUUAUCCCACAGUCACCUGGUGUUUGUACACGGUGUAUCAGUUAAAGGAUCUGAAAAUAUUAUGGUGGAAGAUUAUGUGGAGUUUGGGCCUUUAGACCUUUUCCUUCACAAAGAAAGUGCCUCCAUAAACGCUGAGUGGAAACUGAUUGUUUCCUUACAACUUGCGAGUGCCCUCACUUAUCUUGAGACGAAACACUUGGUUCAUGGAAACGUCUGUGCUAAGAACAUUCUGGUGGCGAGGCGGGGCCUAGAACCUGGCACUUCACCUUUUAUCAAGCUGAGUGAUCCAGGAAUCGCUCUAAACGUCCUCUCAAGAGAAGAACGUUUGGAUCGGAUCCCGUGGAUCGCCCCCGAGUGUGUUGACAGCAACGCUCCUAUCGGCUGUGCUGCUGACCAGUGGAGCUUUGGUGUCACGCUGCUGGAAAUCUGCAACAACGGCCUUCUUCCCAUGAGUAGCAGCACGUUGUCUGAGAAAGAGCGAUUUUAUCAGCAGAAGGGUCGACUUGCUGAACCGUCCUCUCAGGAGCUGUCCGAGUUCAUCAGCUGGUGUUUGACGUACGAGCCGGAUGCACGGCCUUCGUUCCGCACCGUCCUCCGAGAGCUCAUAGAAAUCAUAAAGAGAAAUCCUGUACUUCCUCCUGCCAUCUUCCCACCACCAGACCCCAGCAUGUUCCAGAAGCGCUACCUGAAAAAAAUUAGGGAUUUAGGCGAGGGACACUUUGGGAAAGUGACACUGUACAUGUAUGACCCCUGCAACGAUGGGACCGGGGAACUUGUGGCAGUGAAAGCCUUGAAGCAAGAGAACGGUAACGCACCCGAGGGCUGGAUGAAGGAGAUUGAAAUCCUGAAAUCCCUCUACCACUGCAACAUAGUCAAAUACAAAGGCUGUUGCACUGAGCCAGGAAGACAAGAGGUCCAGCUGAUAAUGGAGUACCUGCCCCUGGGGAGCCUGCGAGAGUAUCUUCCUAAAAAUAAGCUCAGUGUGCCGCGGUGUUUCAUGCUUGCUCAGCAGAUCUGUCAGGGAAUGGACUAUUUGCAUUCAAAGCGCUAUGUGCAUCGAGAUCUAGCCGCCCGCAACGUCUUGGUGGAAAAUGAUUGUUUGGUAAAGAUUGGAGACUUUGGCUUGACGAAAUACAUCCCCGAAGGAGAGAUCUACUACAGAGUUCAUGAAAAUGGAGACAGCCCUGUGUUCUGGUAUGCCAUCGAGUGCUUAAAGGAGCAAAAGUUUUCUUUUGCCUCUGACGUUUGGUCGUUUGGAGUCACUCUGUAUGAGAUCCUGACCCGCUGUGACUAUCGCCAAAGCCCUCCAACAAAGUUCUUUGAAAUGACCCAGGAAUCUGAAGGACAGAUGAGUUUGGUGGCACUUUUAAACCUGUUGGAAAACAAUCGGAGGUUACCUUAUCCCAGAGACUGCCCACGCGAGGUGGAGUUGGUGAUGGAACAGUGUUGGAAAACAAAUCCUGCAGACCGACCAUCCUUCGAAGACCUCAUAAAGAGGUUUGAGACCAUCCGCAGAAUGUACGACUGGCAGUUCAACACAAACUUCUCCAUGUCUCAGAUUUGCUGAUUGGGAUCAGUGAAGUUGUCCCUGUGAUGGACUUGUUGUGCUCUGUCCAGGGUGUACCCCGACCCUCGCACAGUGAU